AUGAAGACGAUGAUGGGCGAUAAUGCGGGGCUUAUUGUGACAGAAGACGAUGUGCAGAACGCCGUCAGUCGCAUCAAGUUCCUGGACUACCGGCACAAAUUGACGAUGCAGGCGCUGCUUGACUGGAUGAUUAAGGAGAACGUUUGGCACAGAAUCAAGCGGAACGAGCAAGACGUUCUUCAGGGGCUGUUCAUGACUUCGGACGACGCAAUCAGUCUUGCAAAGAGGUGGCCAUACGUUCUCUUCAUGGACAGCACAUACAGCACGAACGUGUAUAAGCUGCCUCUCUUCCAGAUCAUUGGCAUUGCGUGCAACGGCAAGACUUUCACACUUGCGCACGCGUUCCUUGCUAAAGAAGACGGCCUGCAUUUUGCGUGGGCUUUAGAGACGUUGAAGACGAUCCUUGCCGGUGCAGAGCUGGUGACGAUCUUCACCGAUUGUGAUCAAGCGCUCAUCAAUGCGCUCGGCAACGUCUUUCGUCGCGCAUCGCACCUGCUCUGUCGUUGGCAUAUCUUCCAGAACUUCAUGGCGCACGUUCGCGCCAAAGCUGGCAACGACUGGGUGGAGAUUGAGAGCGACUUUAGGACGCUGACUUAUGCAGAGACGGAGGAGAUCUUUGAUGAGCGCUGGGAAGAGUUCUACGACAAAUGGCACAUGAUUCCCGGCGUCACUGCAUACGUUAUAAACCUGCUCGAAGUCAGAGAGAAGUUUGUCGAAUGCUACACAAGGAAGCACUUCACGCUCGGUCAUUCGACAACGGCGCGAGUCGAGAGCGAGCAUGCCGUUCUGAAGUGA